AUGACUAUGGCCAUGGCUAUGACCAUGGCUAUGCACCUGGAGGUUCUCGGCUCACCAUUCUCUACUUCCGGCUUAUUCACUGCGAUUUUCUGUCGUGAAACUUACACUGUAAAGCAUGAUUGUAUUGAGUCUCUCCUCAUUUACGGUACUUUUUGCGGCCGCAAUUUACAGGCCAUUGCAAAGUCUCGUCAUGACUCCAUCUUUACGGCACUGCCAGACCAUGGCUGUCUAACAGCUCAGAGUGGCCUCGAGAUACAAGUCACAGCAAAAGCCGACGACGCUCUUGUCUUUCGUGAUCGUCUUCGAGUGUGUGUGAAGUAUGGCGGAGAAUCGGAGGCAAUCAGCCUUCGUGCCACGGGCCGAGGCAGUACACUCACACUGGAGCCAGUAUCUUUUAAAUCAUUCGAUGAGCAUCAACUGAAGGCUAAAGAUGUAGAAGAAUGGAAGGAUCCAUUUGGGUCCGGCCCAAUUUGUCAUCUGGGUAGCCAAUUUGCAGGGACUCCAUUAGUUCGCCGCUUAUGUGUCCGUAACGUUGGCCGUAGGCCGCAACAAGUUAUUUGGUGUUUGACAGAAAGUGGCGAAGAGCCGGAGGAAAUUUACGAAGGGUAA